GGAGAGACUGGCAGGGGCAGCAGGAGCAAUCAGUGGGGAGGGAGGUCCUGGCUCCCAGCCUCACCCAGCUCCUUUCCCUGCAGCCCCCCGGGGCAGAUUGACUUUCCUGGGACAAGAUGAGGAGCAGCGAGAGGAAAAGCCAGUUCCUGCCUCUGCCUGGUCCCUGCACUGCUGGGGGGAUGCGCUGCCCUGAGGACAGUGACAGGGGGGAUCCCCCAGAGCGGCUCCUUUGGUUCUGCACCUUUCCGUAUAGCUGGAGUGCACAGUGACACUGACAGUUAGUGUUGGCUGCACAGUUUCAUUCUAAAAGGACCUUUUCGGUUGCUUAUAAAAUGCUCAAAGUUACUAGAUGGACCUCGUGUCUGAUCUAUUUUAUGAACUUUCAGAAGAACCACUUAACCCGUUUUUGUUGGAUGGGGUGGGAGGAAAUUAAAAACUAAUCAUUUUCUGAAGAGCUCUAGCACCUUAAACAGUUUUUCUAGAAGUUUUACAGUUGAUGGAAAGAAUUCCUAAGCCUGAUUCUAGAUUGUCCCAUCAUUCUGGGGGAUGAAGAAGGGAAAUGUCUGAAGUGGAGCUGGUGACUUUUGAAGAGGUGGCUAUGCAUUUCAUCAAGAGAGUGAGCAAACUUUGCCGGACCCCAGCCAGAGAACCCGCUACAGGAUCAUUAUGCAGGAGAAUUAUGAGAUUUCAACCUCGCUGGCAGGUGAUGGGACGGUGAGUGAGAAAAAGAAGGAAGAUUCUGAGCAGGUGGGAUCACAGGUGACAUUAUCAGGUAGAGCCACAGGGAAAGUUUUCCAGAGCACUGAACAGGGAGAAGCCCGUCAGAGUCAGCGCAGGCCAGAGAGGCAGCUGGGAAACCAAGCAGGGGAGAUCCAGUGUGAAUCCACUCACAGGAGCAGAGGGUUCAAAGAAACCAAACAGCCUGUAGUACAGAGAAUCGCCUCUGGAGAGGAACUGAACUUAUGCAGUGACUGUGGGAGAAGCUUCCUUUGGAAAUCAGCCCUUAUUACUCACCAGAGAAUCCACACAGGAGAGAAACCCUAUAAGUGUCUAGACUGUGAGAAAAGCUUCAGCCACAGCUCACACCUUAUUUCACAUCAGAGAACCCAUACAGAGGAGAAACCGUAUAGCUGCUCUGAGUGUGGAAAAAGCUUCAAUCAGCAGUCCAAUCUUCUUAUACACCAGAGAAUCCACACAGGAGAACGGCCCUAUAAAUGCCCUGACUGUGGGAAAAGCUUCAGUUACAACUCAGUCCUUAUGACACAUCAGAAAAUGCACACUGGAGAGAAGCCCUAUAAAUGUCUUGACUGUAAGAAAAUAUUUAGCCAGCGCUCAGACCUCACUAAACAUCAGAGAACCCAUACGGGGGAGAGACCCUACAAAUGCAAUGAGUGUGGGAAAAGCUUUAGUCUGAGCUCCCACCUUAUUUCACAUCAAAAAACUCAUAAGGGAGAGAAACCCUAUAUAUGCUCCAACUGUGGGAAAAGCUUCAGUGACAGCUCAAACCUUAUUACGCAUCAGAGGAUCCACACAGGAGAGAAGCCCUACAAAUGCCCUGAGUGCAGGAAAAGCUUCGGUCGUCUCUCGCACCUUAAUAGGCACCAGACAAUCCACACAGGAGAGAGACCCUUUAAAUGCUUGGACUGUGGGAACAGCUUUCGUGACAGCUCAUCCCUCAUCAGACAUCAGAGAAUCCACACACAAGAGAAACCCUAGAAGAUGGGUGAAGUGAACAACAACAUGGUUGAUUCCCACGAAUAUCGGAGGGUCAGGUAAGACAGUACUGGCCAUCUAAUGAGGACAUGCAAUAGCUAUUAAAGUAGAUAAUGAAAUCACAUUCCUAGAACAGAGUCAUGCAGAGCAAGAGGCAGAGAUAAGAUUCCCAUGUUGUGAUGAGAUUUGAUUAUUACGUCUCAAGAAGCUCUAAACGUCCUCUGAUCAGCUCCUGCACUGAAGUUUGUUGAUACAGACCUAGAACCAUCUUUAUCUUAUGUGCUGUGACUUUGAUUUAUUCUUGAUACUGUUUUAGUUAAUUGAUACAUUCAGGAGCAGAGAUGGACUCAAGUCAGAAAUGCAAUGAUACUUGGGCUCUGGGCACUGAGUUGGGAUGAUGGUUUAUUUGUGACUUUCUUGCUUUGAAUGAAGAAGAGUAAAGUGGAUCCCAGUUUCUCAAACUCUGAGACCUUUAUCUGGAGAUGUCAAGAAUGUGAAGAUGGGCCUCUGUGUAAUGAAAUGGGCCCUCUGGGAAAGUCUCUUUAAAGGUUUAUUUUAUAUUGUAUAAUCUAGCUUGUAUAAUUACCCUGGAGUUCUGCUUUUUAUUUCCUGUACUUACCAUGAAUUCAUAGAUCUAAAAUGUCUAACUAGAUGACUGAAUUAUUGAUUAUUACCAGUGGAGUUACAUGCUUUCACUGUUAUGGGUCUGCAGUUGUCCUUUCUGAUAUAUGUAUCCACUACAAAAGUCCUGUAAUAAGGCGGUAAAAUUCCUGACCCAAUUACUUGUGCUCAAUCCUUCUACAUUUAGAAUCUAGGUCUAUUAAAUACACUGUAGUUCCAUUGAAA